AUGGAAAAGCCUUUGGACUCAAAGCUCUCUCGAGAUGAAGAACAAUCAAUCGAUCAAUCUUCCUAUGAAGAUCAUGUUGAGCUUUCAGGUCGAGUUUCAAUUCGUGAGUAUGUCGCGACUAGACUCACUUCAUUAAAGCCUCCUAUGACGAAUGCGGCCAAUCCAUUCAAACUUCUAGCCAUGUUGAACUGCCAACAAUGGGCUUUCUUCGCAGUCUCAUUUCUUGCAUGGUCAUGGGACUCGUUUGAUUUCUUUACGGUCUCGCUCACGGUCUCUGAUUUGGCCGAGACCUUUGACAAAUCCACUACGGACAUAACCUGGGGGAUAACGCUCGUUCUUAUGCUCCGGUCUGUUGGAUCUAUUAUAUUUGGAAUUGCAGCUGAUCGAUAUGGACGAAAGUGGCCUUUCAUAAUCAACAACGUGCUGUUUAUUGUCCUUGAGCUCGGCACGGCCUUCUGUCAGACUUAUCCACAAUUCCUUGCUGUCCGAGCUCUUUUCGGCAUCGCGAUGGGUGGUAUGUACGGCAAUGCGGCAGUCACAGCACUCGAAGAUUGUCCACCGGAGGCUCGCGGGCUUGUAUCAGGUCUGUUGCAGCAAGGAUAUGCAUUUGGCUACUUACUUGCUACUGCUUUUUCAAGAGCACUAGUCAAUACAACUGAUCACGGUUGGAGGCCUUUCUUCUGGUUUGCAGCCUGUCCCCCUAUUCUUAUCAUUCUCUUUCGACUUUGCCUACCAGAGACAAAGGCCUUCAGGGAUCGACAGUCCAGUAGGGCGCAGCAAGGAAAUCUGGCCACAAGCUUCAUCUCUGAAGGACGCCUCGCUAUCAAGCGCCAUUGGCUAUUGCUUGUCUAUCUUGUUCUCCUUACCACUGGGUUCAACUUUACAGCGCACGGAUCACAAGACCUAUAUCCAACUAUGUUGAAAAAUGACUUCAAAUUUUCAUCCGACGCUAUUACUGUCACCCAAGUUGUCGCCAAUCUAGGAGCCAUGGCUGGUGGUACCAUUUCAGGGUACUGUUCUCAAAUAUUCGGACGAAGAUUCAGCAUGAUGACCGUUUGUAUCAUUGGCGGGGCGAUUAUAUAUCCCUACACAUACACCAGAUCCAAAGCUGUCAUGGUCGCGGCAUUCUUCGAGCAAUUCUGUGUUCAAGGGGCUUGGAGUGUCAUCCCCGUCUAUAUAAUGGAGCAAUCUCCUGCCACGUUCCAUACUUUCUUUGUUGGGUCAGCAUAUCAAUUUGGCAACCUUGCGUCCUCAGCCUCCUCGACGAUUGAGGCCAAGCUUGGUGAACGAUUUCCGCUCCCAUCAAUGACUAACGCAGAUGGUACAGUUGUCGAGCGCUUCAACUAUGGCAAAGUCAUUUGCAUUUUCUUGGGAUCUGUUUAUGCCUACAACCUGAUUAUGAUCUUUAUUGGUCCCGAGAAAAGAUCUCCAGUUAGGGUUACUGAAGAUGAAAUAGAGUAA